UUGAAAUCAGUAUAUAAUUUAGAAGUGUUGUAAGCAGUUCAAUCAAAUUAGUACCAUCUGUCAAAAUUUUGCAAAAAAAAAAAGUAAAAACAAAAUGAGAUGGCAAUAUUUGCUAGUAACCUUUUUAGCAUAUAUCUCCUUGGGGGAGUCGGAGUUAUUUGAAUUAAAUAUUAUACACAUUAACGAUUUACAUGCCAGAGUUAACCCCGUCAGUAUAUUUGGAAACACUUGUGAAAACCGCCAUAUGUGCGAGGGUGGCUAUAGGCGUCUACUAACUACAGUGCGAAAACUAACGGCCACAACAAAAAAUCCAUUAUAUUUAAAUGCUGGUAAUAACGUUCGAGGUUCAUUGUGGUAUAGAAUUGGAGGCUGGAAAGCUGUUAGAGAAUUGCUUGACGUUGAAUUAGCCAAUGCUAUGACCUUGGGAAAUCAAGAUUUGGGCGAUGGUCUAGACAUAUUAGGGGAAUUUUUGGAUGCGUAUAGAGGUUUGAUGGUCGUGGCCAAUAUCAAUGCAGAAAAUGAACCACGCAUGAUGGGUAGAUUUACUGAAUCAGUCACUCUUAAUUUAGGCAACCUUCAAGUCGGCAUAGUUGGAGCUGUUUGCGAGUCGCUAGUUGAUCGCAGUAAGAUCGGAGGACUUGUAUUCCGCAAUGCUAGCCAUGCCAUACUGGAAGAAGCAGAAGCCUUGAAAGAUCGUGGUGUUGACAUUAUAAUUGCCCUUACCCAUUGUGGCCAUGAGUUGGAUAAAAUCAUAGCCCAAAAUACCGGUUCCUUGGUGGACAUUAUUGUGGGAGGUCAUGCAAAACAUGUUUUGCCAUCGUCUAAAUCCCAGGCUCCUCCAUAUCCAACUGUCAUGCCGGUCGAUGACAAACGCAAGGUUUUAAUUGUGCAGGCUGGAAUUUAUGGACAAUCUGUGGGCCAUUUAAAGUUAAAAUUUGAUGAGCAGGGUGAUGUGAUCGACUACGUUGGCAAACUUAUAUACAUGGACAACACUGUGGCAGAAACCCCUUUAACAAAAGAUUUGUCUAAGGUAGAAGAAUUCAUAGAGAAACAAGGGAAAAUGAAAAUCGGUGUAAAUAAAAUAGAACUGCCUAAAGUUCCAUGCUAUUCUCAAGAAUGUGCUUUGGGAAACUUGUACUGUGAUGCCAUGCUAUAUGCGCUCAGAAAUGUGGAUAACGUACUAAAUGGAUGCUUAAUUCCAGCGGAAAUUAUGGAAGCAACCCUAAAUAAAGGAAAUAUCACCGUGAAGCAACUGAUGACCACAUUUCCCUUUCAAUACAAUUUAACAGCCUUAGAUCUACCCGGUGCCCAGUUGAGGAUAGUUCUGGAAAAUAUGGUUCGUGCCAUAGAUUUGGACCAUGGCAUAAAGAGUUCCAACUUAUUCCCCCAAGUAGCACGUUUUCGAAUCAAAUUCAACUUGAAACGACCACCGCUCAAACGUAUCGUUGAGCUUAAGGCAAAAUGUGACAAAUGUCGUAGUGUUUAUGAAUCCGUACAGGAUAAAACCAAUUAUCGCUUUCUCACCUUGAGCUAUCUGGUGAACAGUCAGCAAGAGGAGUUUAGCAUGCUCAAGCAUUACGCAUCCAAUGUAAGGACUUACGAUCGCGAUAGUAGUGCUCUCAUUGAUUAUAUCAAGCACCAUACACCCAUUUCUUCAAAAAUUAAUGGACGUAUAACUAUUUCUACUACAAGUUAAGUGAAAAAUAAAACGAAUUUACGUUCUAACAA